AUGACCGCUUCCAACGACGAGGCCGCCGGGGUUGCGUCCAUGGAAGACCCCUUCGUCUCGAACGGCGGGAAGCCCACCGCCCCCCGCGAAGCCCACCGAUACUCGUCUUUCGACACUCAGCUGUUUAGCCUCAAUGCGUCGUCCCCAGCACAAGCCAAAAGGGCCCUCGAGGCUCAUCUGGCAGAGACCGAACGCCGAUUGGAAGAGGCCUCGAAGCUUGGAACCGCUCUAAUCGACCAACAGCAGCAGCUGGCGGAACAAUUGAAGGAAGUCGAGCUGCAGCAGGAUGACGGUGAGAUGGGUCCGGCAUUGCGCCGCAAGCUCGCCGAUCUGGAACGGGAGUACAAUGAGAUUGGCCGAGAGUCGGCGCGGGCGUUUUUGGCACCCAAGCGGCUUGCUGGAGGUACCGAGGAGGCCCAGCUCGGGACCCCCUCGUUUGACCAAAAGUCUCCCUUGAAUUCCGCUUUGUUUGCCAGUCAAGCCACCAAUUCUCCGAGCAAAGUCAGCGUUCCUUCACGAAAGCAGCGCAACCAACCGUCAAACCGUGUCCACGACAUUGAAUUUGCGACCGAGAUCUCCACCUCCCUCUUGGCUCAAGUCCGCCAACUACAGGCCCUGCUCGCCGAACGAGAAGAGACUAUCAAGUCUGUCAAUUUGGAAAAGUCGCGACUUGAGUUGGAAGCCGAGGGCUAUGGACAGCGUAUUCGGGCACUGGAUGAUAGUGAACAGCGCUACAAGGAUGAGAAUUGGGCACUGGAAACUCAAGCACAUGAGCUCAUGGCAGCCGCGCGAGAGGCAGCGGAACGUGAACAGCGACUGAAUAGCUCUUUGACUGCGUCAACUGCGGAAAAGAAUGACGUGGAGCGAGAACUGGAAGAGCUAAGGCAAGCAAAUUCGAGGCUGCUUGAGGACCAGAGUCUCACGCAGAAAGCGAAUGAUGCGGAGAUCAACUUGCUGCGCCGAAAUCUGAAUUCCGGCGAUGCGGAGAAAUCCGCCCUCCAGAAGAAGCUCAUGGAAAUGACCUCUCAAAACCAGGAGCUUGCCAAGGCGGUCGCUAUGAGACUUCGUGAUCAUGAAAACCAAGGCUCUCGGGCGGUUUCGUAUGAGAUUGAGGGCGAGGAGCCUGAGCAAAUCACCCCGGAAAGCUCUCCUCCGCCAUCCCCCAAUAAGUUCACCCCGCGACACGGUCACUUGGAGUCGGAAACCUUGAAGAGCUCUCUUGGACAUGCCCACCGUAUGAUCCAGAAUCUCAAGAGUACCAUCCACCGCGAGAAGACCGAGAAGAUCGAGUUGAAGCGUAUGCUGCAAGAUGCCCGUGACGAAGUCGAGACUCGCCGCCGGGAUAGCACUGUGCCAAAUGGGUCGAGCAAACGCCAGAAGACCAAGACCGAUUCAUCCCGGAAGCCUCCCCGUCCAGAUCUUCUGGGCGCAGGACGCAAGGAGAAGUCAUUCGUUGAACUCCAGGAUACCGACUGGGAAGACAAUGCCGGCCAGGUCAGCCCAACUCAAGUCCAUGUUACCUCAAGACCCACUACAGCUCGCUCUGGAACUGAAUCUCCAGAUGGGCCUAGUGAUGUCUACCAGACCGCUACUGAGGCAGAGGAUGGCUUUGAGACCGCCAACGAACGUGCAACUGCAACCGAGAGUGAAGCGUUCCAGACUGGGGUUGAGAGCAUGGCCGAUGACAGCAGCGACUCCGCGGCGGAUCUUACCGAAACUGAGCAGAAUGUCCAGACAACUCCCCGUGCGAAGGGCUCCUCCAUCCGCAUGACCAAGACUCGCAACCGUGACGCAUACCACAGCACCGCCUCCAACUCAUCCGAUGAAGAGGAGUUCGACCGCAGCUUUGGCUCUCCGACACAGACGCACAUCUCACGGCCCCGUGUGAAGUCGAAGCGCAGCAUCUCAAGACGCAUUCGCCCAUCUGGAGAGGCCACAUUUGCAUCCACAAGUCGCCCCUCGAGUGCCCGCGACUCGACCGCAAGUAGCUUCGAGCAAGCCUCCGCAUCCCAAGAGGGCCAAAGCCUCUUUGCGGAGCUUGCAGAUCUCGAAAGCACUGAGGAUGAUGGGGAUGCUACCUCCGUGGCUUCGACGCCGCGUAUGGAGCCUACCAUGGGCUCGCGCAGACCUUCAGAUGUGAUGUUGGACGCACCACCCAAACCUGCCAUGGUGGAUUCGGGCGUGAUGACUGAACCCUGGGAGCCCUCUUCGACCGGUGGCGGCCUCGCCGCAGGUGCUGGCCUCGUCGCUGGAGCUGCUGCCGGUGCUUUGGCUACUCACGUGGCUGAAUCCGGAGACCGCGAGGUCGCGGACGAAGCGAAUGAACAUGGCCAAUCUGUGAGGUCGGGAGCUCAGUGGACUCCAAAGAAGCCCCUGCCCGCUGAUGGGGAAUAUAUGGGUGAAGUGUCUACACCACCGAAGAUGGCCUGGGAUGAACAAACCCAGAAUUUCAAUACACGCGAUCUUCCGGAAAUGGGCAUGGCAGAACUCUCCUCUCAAGAGACCACCCCUCGCACACCCAAGCGACCCGAACUCAGUGUUUCUUAUAUCAAUGGCGGUAUCACAGAACCGGUGAAGCAUGAGCUGCCCGCACCGGAAGUGCCGGAAAUGACGAUAUCCUCCAUCUCAACCCAGACUACCAGCCCUGUUGAACCCAAGGUUAUGGUACCUGAACCAAUAAUUAAGCAUGUUGAUGUCAUCAAAUACGUCGAGCGCGAGCCAGAGGUGCCCGAAUUGACCUUCUCCACCAUCACGACUCAAUCCACUGCGCCAAUCAAAGCAUCCCUCGCUGUACCAGAGCCUGUCAUUCAGUACGUUGAUGUGAUUAAGGAGGUGGAGCGCGAGCGCGAGCUUCUCGAAUUGAGUCUCUCGCCUGUUGCAGCCCAGUCCACGACACCUGUUCAGGCAGUCCAGGCUACUAUUCCCCAGCCGGAGCCUAUCAUUAAGUACGUCGAUGUGAUCAAGCACGUUGAGGUUGAACGUGAGCCCGAGCACCCUACUUUGAGCAUUGCUUCCAUCGCUGGUCACUCUACCGCGCCUGUGCAGGCCACCAAGGCUGCCCCUGUCAUUGAAUACGUCGAUGUGAUCAAGAACGUUGAGGUUGAACGUGAGCGUGAGUACCCUGCUUUGAGCAUUGCUUCCAUUGCUGGCCACUCCACUGCACCUGUGCAGGCCACGAAGGCCGCCCCUGUCAUUGAAUACGUCGACGUUGUCAAACACGUUGAGGUGGAGCGUGAGCGCGAGUACCCUGCUCUGAGCAUCGCUUCUAUUGACGGCCACUCCACUGCACCUGUGCAGGCCACCAAGGCACCACCCGUCAUUGAAUACGUCGAUGUGAUUAAGAACGUUGAGGUGGAGCGUGAGCGCGAGUACCCUACUCUGAGCAUCGCUUCCAUUGCUGGCCACUCCACUGCACCUGUGCAGGCUACCAAGGCUGCUCCUGUUGUCGAAUACGUCGACGUCAUUAAGCACGUCGAGGUUGAGCGUGAGCGUGAGAUCCCUGAGCUGAGCCUGUCCUCGAUCACUUCUCAAAUCACUGCCCCUGUCAAGGCGUCUGUUCCUGCACCUCAGCCUCCUGUCAUCCAAUACGUUGACGUUAUCAAGCACGUUGAGCGCGAACGCGACGUUCCUAAUUUGGGAAUCUCUUUACUGGGCCCUACAUAUACAGAGCCUGCCGCUUCGAAGCCUCGCAUUGUCCCCACGCCGGAGUUGUCAUUCUCCCCCGUCCGCUCGGUCGAGACUCAUCCAGUCAAGUCUGCGCUUCCUGUCUUCGCUGGCGUUGCGAAUUUCUCCGACAAACCCGAGUCGAACUCAAAGUCAACCGAGGUUGCUGUGCACGAAGACAAGUCUGUUGAUGCCAACGACAGCCCCGAAAUUACUGGCGCUGGUCUCGCCUUGAACGAUAUCUCUGGAAACAGCCUUAGCCGUUCUGCGAAACGGCUCAGCAGCUCAGUCAACAUGGAUCAAGGCUCCCAGACAAUUUUGUCUGCCAAGCAGAUCGAUCAAAUUUUGAUUGAGCGUUCUGCGCGCCCGCUGUCCUCGGAUAGCAGGGUAACAGACACUUCCAAGGAAAUUGCUGCUGUCAGUACUACCGCGACAUCUCCCUACACACCCAAGGCCACCCUCCGGCCUCGUCUCUCCCAAAUUCAACAGGCGAAGCCUACGCCGAAUCACCGCCGACCUCCCAGUGCCACCAGCCAAUUCUCCAAUGCCAGCGCCCACCCCCCACUGCCCGUCGAUCAUCGGGAAGCCAUCAUGGCUGCCGAGAAGAAGUCUAUCGAUGUGGCACCACCAUCCCCUACCUCUGUCAUGGGUCCUCCAUUGGCACCUGCAUCUGCGUACCGAAUGAACUCUCAUCGUCCACUGACGCCUAGCGAACAAGCCGUACGAGCCGGCUCUGCGAGAACUGGUUCCUCUCAGGCGAAAAUGCGACGCGGCAGUCAGAGCCAAAUGUCUCGACGAUCCUCGGUUUCGUCUUUCGCAUCCGAGGUCGAGGAGCGAUUUAACCCUCACGCGGGCCCCAUGCCUCAAGGUUACGGACCUGGCACUGAUCCUCGCAUGAUCCAGGCCAUCACGCAGACCAUGAUUGGCGAGUUCCUUUGGAAGUAUACACGCAAGACUGGUUCAUCGGAAAUGUCCUCCACCCGUCACCGACGAUACUUCUGGGUCCAUCCUUAUACGCGUACCUUGUAUUGGAGCACUUCGGACCCGCAAACCGCCGGAAAGAGCGAACUUCGCACCAAGAGUGUACCCAUUGAGGCCGUCAGAGUGGUCGCCGAUGACAACCCCUACCCACCAGGUCUUCACUGCAGAAGUCUGGAGGUUGUCAGUCCUGGCCGACGGGUUCGGUUCACGGCUACGACGAGCCAGAGGCACGAAACGUGGUUCAACGCCUUGUCCUAUCUUCUUUUGCGAGAAACUGAGGAAAAUGGCGAGGACAGCAACAGUGUGACUCUGGACGAUAUCGACGAAUUCAAUCCCCCUAGCUUCCGCCAGAACACGCGCAUGUCGUUCUCCUCUCACAACAGUCGCACUGUUCGCAAUCCCCACAAACAGCAGCGUGCGGCUUCCGCGAUGUCAAUGCGAUCUGCCGGCACUCCCGGUGGCCGUGCAUCACCCUCGCUCAGCUCCACCGUUCCCAACUCGUCAUUGCAGGUCCCAGAUGGCCAACGCUCUUCCUCGCGACUUAGCACCAUCUCCAGCUCGAUCCGUGGCUCCAUUGCUAGCAUGAAAGGCCGUCACGGUCAAUCUCCUAGCAUGCACAACGAAAGUCUUCACGGCCAAGAAAGCGCCGAUGAUCUUAGACAAGUGAUGGAGAACCAAGAACAAGACCGACUUGAGAACGUCCGCGCCUGCUGUGAUGGCAAGCAUGAUGUCGGCUCCCUUUCUCGUACUAGCCGGUACAGCCCGCGAGUUGAUCGCAUCCACUCCCCUCACCCUCACUGA